AUGGUGUGGACGGAGAAACGUGCGGCCGGGCGUUUGCGCCGCGGGCUACGCGGUGCUGAAGCGGCCCUGGCCGCUGUCGGCGGAGCCGCGGUGGCGCCCAGAGGACCCCCGCGCGGUGCGCAGGAGAGGGUCUGGGAGCUCUCCGAGGCGAUGCUGCGCGCGGCCUCCGCCCGGGCCGCGGAGUUCGACUUCUCCGCGAUCGCGGUCUCCAAGAUGAAUUUCCACGGGAGCCCGCACGUGGACAAGAACGACCUCUCGGUGCAGUACGCUGUGUCACUGGGGGAUUUCGCGGACGGGAGCGGGAGGCUCUGCGUGGAGGAGGGGCCGUUCUUAGUCCGGGCCUUCGACACCAAGGAGAAGUUGGUGUGCAUCGACGGGAGGUUCCCACAUUGGGUUUCUGGCUACACUGGGGAGCGCUACUCCAUAAUAUAUCCUUGA